AGUGGCGAGUGGGGAGUGGGGGCGGCAAUUGAGUGAUGAAGCGCUGAACGAGAUCACAAAGGCCCUCUGGCGUGGGCGGGGAUCUUUCUAGUAGAAUCGAACGGAGACCGAAUUAGACUGUUUGUUAUGCCGUAUGUAUGUUCGCGCACUUGGCACUGGGCAAGGUCAAAAGCCUCGCAUCGGACGGGAAUCUCCCCGGAUCGCAAUGGGUUGGGGAUUUUUUCCAUGUCGCCCGGGGUGGACCCUUAUCAGCCGUCCUCUAGCGCGGAGGCUAUCUGCAGCCAGACUACGAAUUGGAAUAACAACAGAACCAUGGCCAAGGACUUCUACAAGGUGCUGGGCCUCCGUCGCGGAGCCCCUGACUACGAGAUCCGUAUGGCGUUCCGCAAGCAGGCACUGCGCUACCACUGGCACUGCGACAAGAACAAGUGCGUUUCAAGCAGGUGGCCGAAGCCUACGAGGUCCUGUCGGACAGGAGAAACGCGAUCUGUUCGACGACCUGGGCGAGGAGGGUCUCCGGCGGGUCAGCUACCAGUUCCACGGUGAUCCGUACGCCACCUUCGGCAAGUUCUUCGGCUACAGUUACGCGUCGUCCGACGACGACGACGACUUUCCGGUUGCAUCAGGAUCAGGGAGGCGCCUGCUCCCAAAGAAUCCGCCGGUAGAACACGGGAUCCUCGUGACUCUCGAGGAAAUAGCCAAGGGGUGCACCAAGCGCCUUACGAUCUCGCAACGGAGGAUCUCGUUUAGAGGGCGGGCGACUCGACGUAGCCAAAUGCUCAUCGUCGAGAUUCGUCCGGGCUGGAAGGCGGGUACCAGGAUUACCUUUACCGGCGUAGGCGACCAGUUGCCCAACCGGCGGCCCGGUGACGUGAUCUUCGUCCUUCGCGAGAAGCCGCACCCCUUUUUUCGCCGGGAGGGGUGCGACCUGCGCUUCACGGCCCGCAUCUCGCUGGGGGAGGCGCUUGGCGGUGCCCACCUGGAGGUGCCGACGCUCCAGGGCGAGUCGCUGCACCUCUGCACCAAGGGAGAGGUCAUCAGCCAGAAUUCCACGCGCCGCUUCCCGGGCCAAGGACUGCCCCAUCAAGUGAUCGACUGGUGCCGCGGCGACCUCGUCGUCGACUUUUCAAUCAAGUUCCCCGAAACAAUUUCGGAUAUCCUCGCUGUAAUUCCCCUUGCCCUGUUGCCCAGGAGUCGCAGCCAUGUCGCAAUUGACGGCUUUAUAAUACCAUUGUAUUCCCCACGAUUUAUGUACCUCCUGAAGAAUAUGCGCCUUCUACAAGGCGCUGGUAACCCGUCGCGGAGUGUCACUGACUAUAAGAUCCCUAGGGCGAUCCGCAAGCUGGAGCUGCACGACCAUCCUGACAAGAACGAGAAAUCCCAUGCCGCUGAGAUCUUCGAGCAGUUGGACAAGAAGAAAGGGUCUCCGGCGGAGACGUUCCCAGUUACCAGUUCCAUAGUGAUCAACAAGCCAUCUCGACGAGUUCUUCGGUUCCAGCGAUCCGGUGUCCGAGUUCUCCGAAGACGACUUCGCGGUGAGGGACUGGCCGGCUCCCAAAGAAUCCGCCGGUAG